AUGAUACAAGCUACCAAUAUCAAAAAUCUAGAUGUGCUAAGAAGACUACAUCUUGCUGGCUCCAGGUCUCUACUUGAUAUAUUGCUCCCGAAGUUCUCGAGAAUAAUGGGUUUUCUUCACCGGCUCCUGGACAGGAAAGGACAAAGCCUCACAUACGUGGUAUACUUGCUAGGUAUACUCGCCAUAGUCAGGCCACAUAUUCUCAGCUUCACUCAUUGGUUACGGAAAUAUUAUACUUCCACUGUCUAUAUCCAGUCCUCAAACGAGACUUAUGACAUGCUGACAUAUUGGAUCUCAUCGCGUGGACUGGAAGACGCUGCUAGAUCUUUUAUUGCAAAGGUCAAUAGUAAUCGGAGAAGCCCAGAAAACACACCAAGGCUUGCGAAGAAAGCUAUCGGAUUUUCGCCUUACAACGGAGGUUUUUGCUUUUGGUACAAGAAUAAACCACUUUUCUAUCGGGUCAAUGAGGACGGCGUUGGUUACAAUAAAAGGGAGGAAGUAUCCGUGACUUGUCUAGGAAGGUCUUCACACAUAUUGAAAGAUCUUCUCCAGGACUGUCGUGAUGAGUACCUCAAUUCUACCAAUCACAAAACGACAAUAUUCGGCCACCAUGGCGCCCAAUGGAAAAAAGACAGAACAAAAGCGAUCCGGCCAUUGUCAACGGUCAUUCUGAGGGAGCAUGAAAAGGCACCUUUGAUUCAAGAUAUCCGAGAUUUCCUCGAGCCAAAGACAAGGGAGUGGUAUAAUCGGCGCUCGCUUCCUUAUAGGCGUGGCUACCUCCUCCACGGCCCUCCUGGGACAGGGAAAUCUAGCUUUAGCCUCUCUAUUGCCGGCGAGCUAGGCAUGGAUAUUUAUACCGUCAGUGUUCCUAGCGUGGACGAUCAAUCACUGAGUACCCUAUUCAGAGAUCUCCCGGAGAAUUGCGUUGUCCUAUUAGAGGACAUCGAUGCUGUUGGGUCUGUUUGUCCUCGAGAUCGAGAGGAAGAUGAUCCCCUUGGUGAAUCUCAUCCCCGAGGAGAAAGGAAGGGAGUAACUCUUUCUGGACUUUUGAACGUACUCGAUGGCAUUGCCUCGCAAGAGAAUAGAGUUCUAAUCAUGACCACAAACCACAUCGAGAAAUUAGAUAAAGCCCUUAUCCGACCGGGACGAGUUGACAGGAGGGUCGAGUUCCCGCUAGCUGAUCGGGAUACCAUCAAGGAAAUCUAUCAUUACAUCUUUGGUCCUCUUAUGUCAGCAUCUUCCAGGAACCCGCCUGGCGUUGAGGGUGAUCCUUUGGUUGAAAUUCACGCAACUGAUUUUGCGCAAAGACUUCCAGAGGAACGUCUUAGCCCGGCUCAGAUAGUGUCCUACCUUUUGCAACACCGAUAUUCUCCCAAGGAUGCGUUGGAGAAUAUUGAAGCCUGGAUAAAAGCCAUGUAG